AUGUAUUUUGUUGUAGUGGCUUUAUUGUUUGUGAAUGCUUUAAGUCUAAAGUGGUGCAAAUAUAACGACAAUAUAAAAUGUGUUGACGACAGUGAUAAUUGUGACAAUUUGGCUGUUAACAACUAUUUACCUUUUAAGAACCAAAGUAAUUUGGUUGAUUCUAUUGUGUGUGAGAAAGACGUGUUUUUGUAUGUUGAAGUGUCACCUGGCAAUUUCACAUUUGUGGAGUUCUUAAAAUCAAACUCAAUUUACAAUUUGAAAAAAGAACGUAAAAAUAUUAUAACAACACAAAAAAUUGGAAAUACAACAAAGCAAUAUAUAGAAAGAGAGUGUCUCAGAUACAAAUGUGGCGGUGAACAAAAGAAUGGUAAUGGAUGUCAGUGUUUGCAAUACAAUACACUCGACACUUUAAAAUUAGAUACAAUUUGUAAUCCAAACUGUAAGCAAUGUGCUGUGAAUGAUCGAAAUUACUGCACUGAAUGUAAAACUGGAGGGAUACUGAAUGGGGGGACUUGUUUGUAUUGCCAAAACUGUGCAGUUAAUCAGUGUGUUAAUCAAUUUGAUGGAGGGUGGGUGUGCAGCAGUUGCAAUUCUGGUUAUUUUCUCCAAAGUCUUUAUUGCUUCAAAUGUGCAGAUAAAUGUGGAGAAUGUUCAGGUAGUUCCACAAGUUGCACUACGUGUGCAAGUGGGUAUUAUUACUCAUCAUUUGAUUGUGUGAAAUGUGAAGACAAAUGUGCAUCGGGACAUUGCAAACCCAACCUAAAAUGUGAUCAAUGUGUUUCACAUUAUUACCUUGACUCGUCAAUGAGUUGUCAACAAUGUUCUUCUGCAUGUGGCGAUUGCACAAAUUAUAAUUAUUGCACAACGUGUCCAAAUACAAACCAAUACAUCCAAAAUGGCGUUUGUAAUAACUGUAACACUGGAUGCACUUCUUGUUAUGGAGGUUUGAAUGGGCAGUGUUAUGGAUGUAAUUAUGGGUAUUAUCGAAUAAAAUCAGGAAGUUAUCAAUAUCGUAAUGUAUACCAAUGUGUGUCUUGUUCAUAUCAAUGUAUUCGGGGGUGUGAUGGAAUUAAUGCCUGUUCGUGGUGCAACAAUGGAUUUUAUGAAUACGGAGGAACGUGUCACCCAUGUUACUAUGUAACUAAUUGUGCACAGGGUUGUUUGGCAUCUCAAAAUUCGUGCACAAAUUGCAACAGUGGAUAUUAUGCAGAAAGUGGGACAUGCCACAGUUGUACUGAAAUAAACAAUUGUAAUACAAGUGGGUGUAGCACAACAUCAAGAUAUUGUAACACUUGUAACAAUAAUUAUUUUGCUGAAUAUGGAAAAUGUUUAAGUUGCACAACUAUCGAAGGCUGUACACAAAAUGGAUGUUUAACGAUAUCGAGGUAUUGUAAUAAUUGCAUAAUGGGUUAUUUCUUUGAGAAUGGAAAGUGUUUGAAUUGUACUGUAAUAGCAAAUUGUGAUAAAAAUGGAUGUUCAAAAACAAAUAGAUAUUGUAACACUUGUACAAAUGGAUUUGUUGCAUCGAAUGGUGCUUGUGUUUGCCCAACGCAGCAAUACCAAAACACGUCAAAUUCGUGUCGAAAGUGUUACGAAGGCACAGAUAAUUGCAAGAGUUGCACGAGCACUUCCACGUAUCAAAUUCGAUGUAAUGAGUGUUUUUAUCCAUUUGAAUUGGAAGGUGGGCGGUGUGUGAGUUGCACAACUGGGAUGUAUUUCAACAACCAAACUAAAACAUGUGUAAACAACAAUGUUAUGUGUGUGAACAAUAUCGAUGCAACAACUUGUGUCAAAUGCAAAGAUAACGGAUUUAUGAGUAAACAUGAGUGCAUAAUACCUUCCACACAAUGUCUAUAUUAUUCAAUAUCAAAUUGCGAAAAUUGCCAAUAUGGUAUUUCUGUUGGUUCGCUUUGUGAAAACAAGAUAAGUCAAUGCAAGUACAACAUACAACAUGGAUCAACAGAAACAUGUUUGUAUUGUGCCGACAAUUGGUAUGUAAACAACAACACAUGUAGUGUGGCGCCAAGCAACCUAAAUACAAGAAAUGGGUAUUUGUACCAAUGUGGUGUUGACGAGUACAAAGAUGGCAACAAUAAUUGUGAAAAGUGUGCAACUAAAAAUGCAGUAAAAUGCUCAUUCACAACAUAUCAAAAUCUAUCAAUUCACGUAUAUUAUUGUGAAGAAAAUCAUUUGAUAAAUUAUCAAAACGAAGAAUGUUUUAGUGAUGAUAAUUGCAUUCAAAAUGAAAGAAGUGACUGCACUCGAUGUCGUGAUACCAAUUUGGUGAUCAAAUCUAAUAAAUGCACACAAUGCACAAUAAUACCAAAUUGCGAGUUGUACAAGAAAGACUGCACAUGUUUACAAUGCAAAGACAACUUUCUUCUUGUUGAAAAUGAAUGUAUUGCAAUAGAAGAGUUGCAUUGUGAACACUCAAACAAAUACACUUGUUUGCAAUGUUUUCCACUUUAUAAUACAAACAACAACAUCACCAACAUAGAAAAUGACAAGUACUGUGUUUCUUUAUCUGACAACGAGACGCACAUUUCACUCAAUCAACAAAACAUCAAAACCAUUUUUGAAUGCGAUAUAACACACUUUUUAUUUGAUAAUUCAUGUGAGUUACUGAUUCAAACAAAUAUACAACAUAUUUAUCAUUAUACAACAAAUAUUGAUCAUAAAGAAGUAAUUUACAAAACAACACACAAAAUAUUCAACUUGGAUAAUAAACAAGAAUCAUUGAAAAUAGAUUUAUCAAAUUGCAAAAUAAAAACACCAAAAGGUUGUGUUAAAUGCAAUGACGGAUUUUACUUGGAAAAUACAAAAUGUGUUAAUUGUAAGAACAACUGUCUGACAUGUUCAAAUACGACCAAUUGUCUCUCCUGUGACUUUACACAAAACUUGUUGUUAAUGUCUGGAAAUGUGUGUCAAGAUUCUAAAAUAUUACUUGAUAAAUGUUAUUUUCCAAUGGCUGGUAACACUGGAUGUGCUAUAUGUCGUGAUGGAUAUUACUAUCACAACAAAGACUGUAUCAAAUGCGACUCGUCGUGUUCAACAUGCAAAAAUGCGAUUUCGUGUGAUGACUGUGCAGAUGACUACUAUUUGUAUGCACCUUUAAAUCCUUUGUGUCAAAGUUAUGACACUUUAAUUGGGUGUACCAACAAAACUAAGUAUGGAUGUAAAGAAUGUGAAGAAGGUUAUUUUCUAAAUUUUCCAAUUCCUCUUUGUGUGAAAUGUUUGAAUAAUUGUACUUCCUGUGAAAUACUUAAAAGUUGUAUUUUAUGUUCCCCAAGUUUUGUUUUAAAAAAUGAAAUCUGUGUGAGUUAUACUGAAAUUCCAUAUUGUGUAGAAGCUUUUAAUAAUUUGUGCACAAAAUGUGAAGAAAAAUACAAACCAAGUGAUGAUGGUCUUUCGUGUAAAAAAGAGCCUAAUUUGGCUUUGAUCAUUUCACUUCCUGUCGUCUUUUUCUUACUUCUUGUGAUAUUUAUAGCAACGACUAUAGUAAUCAUCUUCUUCUUGUAUUUGCACCUUAAAGAGAAGAAAAAGAUGAUCAACGUCUGCAUCUUCCCAAUGAAGAAGUCGAACAUCCAUUUCUUCAAAAUCAAUGAGUGGCUUGUUUCAAAUAAAAAAGUGUUAGAAUUUGAAAAUAACGACACACAAAAUGAGAGUAUUCCCGUCGAUAAAGAAACUCGUGAAUUGUUAUGUGUAGGAAAUAAAUCCAAAAAUCGGAUGAAGAUUCAAUUUAGUGUUAUUAAAGGGUGCGACUACUACGAAAUUCGCACAGAGCCAAAGCUUGUGAAUUUAAAAAGUGGUGAGGCCUGUGAAUUUGAAGUCUUUUUAACGCCAUUGUGUUCCUGUAACAUAGAAGAGAAGAUUGUGUGCAUUGGCUUAGACAUUAAAAAAGGAGUAGAGAUGACUGAACACAUUCAAAUCAAAGCCAAGACUGAAAUGACAACUAAACUCGAUUAUCACGAGUUAAAAGAAAUUAAGAAACUUGGCGAAGGGAGUUUUGGAAUUGUCUAUUUAGGCGACUUCAGAGGUGACAAAGUAGCUAUUAAACGGUUAAAAGAGGGUUGUGAGACACAAUCUAAAGUAAAAGAGUUUGAGAAGGAAGUUUCAAUGUUAGAUAAAUUUAGAUGUGAGUACAUCGUCCACUUCUAUGGCGCUGUCUUCAUACCAAGUCGAAUUUGUAUGGUCACCGAAUUUGCUCAGUUUGGGAGUUUAAAUGACUUUAUGAAGAAGAGGAAGGAACAAGCUCCACGAAGUGCAAUUAAAGCCAAAUUCAUGUUAGACAUGGCGAAGGGGAUAUCUUAUUUACAUCACAAUGGGAUUGUACAUAGAGAUAUAAAACCAGACAAUUUACUUGUGUUUUCACUUGAAAUGAAUGAAAAGGUCAAUGCCAAAAUGACAGAUUUUGGAAGUGCGAGAAACAUUAAUAUGAUGAUGACUAAUAUGACCUUUACUAAAGGUAUUGGGACACCAAAAUAUAUGUCGCCUGAAGUGUUAAAUAAAGAAAAAUAUAAAAUGCCGAGUGAUAUCUUUUCGUUUGCUAUUACUAUGUACGAAACAUUUACUUGGAAAGAACCAUACCCUAAAAGUGAAUUCAAAUUUGCAUGGAGCAUCGCAGACUUUGUGUCAAAAGGAAAUCACCUGAAGAAAGGAAUAGAAACAGAUGACAAAAUAUAUUCACUGCUCGAUAAAAUGUGGUGCUUUGAAUUUAAAGAUCGAAUCAAAAUUGACGAAGUCGUCGAAGAACUGGAAGAUUAUAUGAGAUUUUAUGAAAAUUAA